GCUCUCCCGGACCCGGUGCCCACACAGUUGCGCCGUGAUGGCACCUGCCGGAGGCCCCUGGGCCAAAAAGGGUAUUUUGGAACGUCUGGAGAGUGGAGAGGUUGUGGUUGGAGAUGGCAGCUUUCUCCUAACUCUGGAGAAGAGGGGCUACGUGAAGGCUGGGCUCUGGACUCCGGAAGCGGUAGUAGACCAUCCCGAUGCAGUUCGUCAACUUCACACAGAAUUCUUGAGAGCAGGAUCAAACGUCAUGCAGACUUUUACCUUUUCUGCCAGUGAGGACAAUAUGGAAAGCAAGUGGGAAGCUGUGAAUGAGGCUGCGUGUGACCUUGCCAGGGAAGUGGCUGGCAAAGGUGACGCCUUGGUAGCAGGGGGGAUCUGCCAGACAUCACUGUACAGACACCACAAGGAUGAAGUUCGAGUUAAAAAACUCUUUCAACUCCAGCUCGAGGUUUUUAUAAAGAAAAACGUGGACUUCUUGAUUGCAGAGUAUUUUGAGCACGCCGAAGAAGCCGUAUGGGCUGUGGAAGUCUUAAAAGAAUCGGGUAAGCCUGUGGCAGCUACCAUGUGCAUAGGCCCAGACGGAGACAUGCAUGGUGUGACACCUGGAGAAUGUGCUGUUAAGCUGGUGAAGGCAGGGGCUGCAAUCGUGGGCGUGAACUGCCGCUUUGGGCCCAGCACCAGCUUGAAGACAAUGCGGCUCAUGAAGGAGGGUCUGCGGGCCGCAGGGUUGAAGGCACACCUGAUUGUGCAGUCCCUGGGCUUCCACACUCCUGACUGUGGCAAAGGCGGGUUUGUGGAUCUCCCGGAAUACCCAUUUGGACUAGAGCCCAGAGUUGCAACCAGAUGGGAUAUUCAAAAAUAUGCCAGAGAGGCCUACAAUCUGGGGGUCAGGUACAUUGGCGGGUGCUGUGGAUUCGAGCCCUACCACAUCAGGGCAAUCGCAGAGGAGCUGGCCCCCGAAAGGGGCUUUUUGCCCCCAGCUUCGGACAAACACGGUAGUUGGGGAAGUAGCCUUAAUAUGCACACCAAACCCUGGAUUCGAGCCAGGGCUAGAAGGGAGUAUUGGGAAAAUCUGCUGCCAGCUUCGGGCAGACCUUUCUGUCCUUCACUGUCACGGCCGGAUAACUAAGAAGUGGUGAAAGAAAACACUGAAAUGACAGCACAGAAAGAAAUCUGGAACUCUUCCUCGCCUUUACCCUCUGCCCACCCUGCUCUCUCCAGCUGAACAGCGAAUGUGCUCCUGGCCCUUCAGUUCAGGUCAACAUAUGCACCUUGCACUCCAGCUGUGGACAAACCCCCAGCUGGAUGCUGCAGGAGAUGCAAAGAUGAUGAGAAAGGCCCCUGGUCCUCCAGUUACUUACUGUCCAGCCAUGCUGUGGUACCUUCUUCAGAAAGUCAUCAAGAACAGCAAAACUCGUCUUUUAGGGUAAAUUUGAGAUUUUAAAAUAAACAGAAGUCACUGAACACCAAAUCUGUUGAUUAAUUCAGGCAACUUAGCUGGGUGCUUAAGGAAGAUAGAGGAGCAAUGAGUUUGCUUUUCUUCCAUGAUUUGUAUAAUGACUCCAAGGGCAAUCCCAAAGGAAUAGAUGAAAAAAAUGUUUUGAGCAAUGGCAGGGUUAUUGAAAUAAGUGUAUAACCUUCCAAAAUGAUUACUUUCAAAGAUGAUUUUACUUAAAGGUGGUAGGUCCUUUAAAAAAAAAAAGGUAUUAGGUUCUAGAAUUUUUUAAAUGUGUCUUUAAGAGGGGCACCUUGGUGGCUCAGUCAGUUAAACGUCCGACUCUUGAUUUCUGCUCAGGUCAUGUUCUCA